GAUGUGAAUCAAUCCCAUGAUGCAACAUGUCUCCCCAGUGCCAUCUCUGACAAUGAUGGCCACACAGACUGUACCCCCUCCCCCUUAUCAGGAACCCCAACAGAUGACAGCCCAGCAACCGGCAAAAGCACAGCCGGUGCACGUCAGCACACCCUCGGCAGCAGCCAAUGCUCCACUACCCAGCACUCCUAUCGACCCUCAGGCACAGCUGGAGGCAGACAAGAGAGCUGUCUACAGGCAUCCUCUUUUCCCCCUCCUGACGCUGCUAUUUGAGAAAUGCGAGCAAGCGACCCAGGGCUCGGAAUGCAUCACCUCUGCCAGCUUUGAUGUUGACAUUGAGAACUUCGUACACCAGCAAGAACAGGAGCACAAACCAUUCUUCAGUGAUGAUCCUGAGCUGGACAAUUUGAUGGUGAAAGCUAUUCAGGUCCUCCGAAUUCAUCUCUUGGAGUUGGAGAAAGUGAACGAAUUGUGCAAAGACUUUUGUAACCGUUACAUCACCUGCCUCAAAACUAAGAUGCACAGCGACAACCUUCUCAGGAAUGACCUUGGGGGACCUUACUCCCCGAAUCAGUCCUCCAUUAACCUACACACACAGGAUAUGUUGCAAAAUUCUCCCAACUCCAUGACAGCCAUACCUGGCAACCCCCAAGGAAUUGUGGUACCUGCCUCAGCACUGCAGCAAGGGAAUAUCUCCAUGGCAACAGUCAACUCACAAGUUGUGUCAGGUGGAGCCCUUUACCAGCCUGUAACUAUGGUAACAUCUCAGGGCCAGGUGCUAACCCAAGCAAUACCGCAAGGGGCUAUUCAGAUCCAGAACGCACAGGUUAACCUGGACCUGACCUCUCUUCUUGACAGCGACGAUAAAAAGUCAAAGAACAAACGAGGAGUCCUUCCGAAACACGCUACAAAUAUUAUGCGCUCCUGGCUUUUUCAGCAUCUUAUGCACCCCUAUCCAACAGAGGAUGAGAAGAGACAAAUAGCAGCACAGACAAAUCUCACACUGUUGCAGGUCAACAACUGGUUCAUCAAUGCCCGGCGACGUAUCUUACAACCUAUGCUUGAUGCUAGCAAUCCAGAUCCAGCCCCCAAAGCCAAGAAAAUCAAAUCCCAGCACCGGCCAACCCAGAGAUUCUGGCCCAACUCCAUUGCAGCUGGGGUUCUGCAGCAGCAAGGAGUCAACCCCGGGACUAACCCUGAUGGCUCCAUCAAUAUGGACAACCUCCAAACUCUCUCCUCAGAUAACGCCACUAUUGCUAUGCAGCAAGCCAUGAUGGCGGGUCACGAUGACUCACUAGAUGGGACAGAAGAGGAGGAUGAAGAUGAAAUAGAAGAGGAGGAAGAGGAAGAAGAAGAGGAGGAGGAGGAACUGGAAGAGGAUGCUGAGGAGCUCCAGACAACUAAUGUUAGUGACCUUGGCUUGGAGCAGAGUGACUCACUCGAGUAGUGGAUUAUAGCAAUGGUGGAACAGUCACCGAGUGGAAAACGGUUGAACCUGCUUGCAAAAUUGUAGAGAGCGCCUGAGAGCGCCUGAGAGCGCCUGAGCACUUCCCUUUAACAAUAUGAUUCAGAUUCAACAAUAGAACCCUUUCUGGAUGUCCUACUUGACCUGCAUUCAGUUGCAAGAAUGGAUGUGGAAGCCCACUGAACAUCUGCCAAGGGUUCCAAGCUGGUUAUUUAAGUGAAGGACACACGUUUACAAGGCACAUAUUGUGACUAGUUUCUUCCCCACUCUCCCCCGCCUUUGUUUUUGAUAACCACGACAACAAAAGUGUUUUUAGAGUAAGCUGUUUUCUGUAUGACUGAAUGUUUUAUGGAAGUUCUAAUUCAAUGCCUUUUUUUUGGUGACAUGCGGUUCAGAGGCACGGCUGUUUUCAUUUUCACUGCUUUUAUGAGAGAUUUAUAGAUGCCAAGAA